AUGAAUAACAUUAUCUUGUAUGAGGAAUAUCGAUUAAUCGAACGAAAUGAAGCGUAUGUAAAUAGAGCUUGGAAAGGUGCACAUUUACUACUGUUCUUCUUGGCGUUUGUUUUCGGGUCUUUCUGCACAUUCUGCUUCCAUAUGCUCAUGUACCUGUUCGACGAAAAGUGUGUUUUGUUCCCAAAGCUGUUGUCUCUCACGUCCAUGCGUCAUAAUGUCAUUUACGAGUUUAUGCCAUCCAACAGAGACCUGUCUGACUUACCAGUAGAUUUUGUGAGUACGCAGUGGGUUGAGAAGAGUACCUGCGCGCUUCCCACGUACGUGCCGCUCGUAUCGGGUAUCUUUGGCUUGGUGUGGACCACCAUGUUUCUUAUGUUUUCUACGGGCACAAGGACGCUCACCGGGUGUACGUACGCAGUUAAUGUGGUGACCCUGGUGUACGAGCGUCGCAUCCGCGGCGUGUACCAAGCGACGCGGCUGACUAUCGUCUCUGCGUGGCUGCACACUGCCUGUUGGAUUUGCUCAACACUUCUUACACUUCUCCGAGUCGUUCUAGCUGUCGACUUCCAACUCGUUCGCGUAAAAGUUAGCCUUCGCGCCGACCUUGAUAUGUUGAUGGAGCGAAAUGAAACUCAUCUACGAACUGUUUCACCGGAUGACCCACGAAUGAAAGACGUUCACGCAACAGCAGUGGAAUGUUUCGAAAGGUUAGGAGAUGAUGUAACUGUUAUUUUAAAGAAACACAGUGAUUCAAUAUCCUCAAGGGAACGCCAAACUUCUGAACUGUCGUUAGUUCCUGCAGAACAGAACAAAUUGGACAGAAUCAGGGCAUAUCAAAAGGUACCUCGAGAUCAAAAAUUCAUUCCCCAACUACUAUAUGAUAUUUUAGACAAAAUAUGCCCUUCUAGUGUAUCUACUCCUUAUUUAGAUUCCAUUAAGUGGGAUGAUCAGAUUUGUGAAACUACAGACAAUUAUAACAUACCUAAGAAAAGGUCAUUAAAAGCGCGGGAACGUUACAACAUUCAAAAUACUAUUGAGGAAGGUGAAAUCAUAGUCAAAGAACUACUAAAUGAUUUACUUGACAAAUUAGAGGAUCAGUUAUUGGAAUUGAAAUAUCCUACCUCAGGGCGAUAUAUAUACAGAAGUGAAGAGUCUUUUAUGACUGCACCUGAUUGGAUAAAGCCUGAUUUAACCAAAGAAGAACUCGAUCAAUUUGAUGAAGAAAAGAAGAAAAAAUCAAAUUUAAAGAACGCCAGCUCACAAACGCGGGAUGAAAAAAAGAAGAGUACCCAGAAAAGGGUACUAAUUUCUGAAUCAGCGGACGAUAAGAACGACGACCCAACAGCAGAUAAUAUACAGGAACCAACAAACCAACAGGGGACAACAAAUCAACCAGGGCCGUCAAACCAACCAGGGCCAUCAAACCAACAAAGGCUAGCAAACCAACCAGAGCCUUCUAAUGAGCUAGAAUCACAAUCCAGCCAAACUGAAGUGGAGAAGGAGAAAAACGUCCGGAAAAAGGAAAAACUAGAUUAG